AUGGCAAAGAAGAAGAAUAAGAGCGAAAGCAAUGGCGAUUCUCCAGAGGCCCAAAUCCCCGCGAAUCCCGCGCCAUUACCGGCAUCAGCUACAUCAAUGCCAAAAGCAAAAAAUCCCAAGUCCGCCCAACAGCCAUCAACAUCUGCACUUAUUAUUUGUCGCAACAAGCAUUGGCGUUAUAUCUCCUCCUUCCAUGGGCCAUGGCUACAAUUGCCUCCAGAAGUUUUAGAAUCUCUCGCAAAUAACAAUUAUGCCCUUCCCCGGCCUCGGCCGAUUGACCCCGCGGUCUUCUUCGAUAUUUUUAAGAUUCGUCAGCUCGUUGACGAUGCUACGAAUCUGGCGGUGCGCGCCGCCAGCGGUGUAACAUCAUCUUCUCUUUCAAAUUCUCUCAAUGCUGGGAAUGGAUUAUUAGGGAACGGCGGCACGGCGCUGGGUCUGGGGAUUGGGGGAGGAGGCGGGAAUGCGAAAUUAAGUAAAGAACGAAAACAUCGGAUGCGGGAACAGGCCACUCAAAAGCUAUCGAAGGCAUAUCAUCUGGAUGAAAUUGCAUGUAGUGUUGCGACCAUGCAAUCUGCGUCUACACUGGAGGAUGUAGCCCAGCUUGUCCUGCAGAGAAAUCCCAAUGAUUCGGAUGCCAAAUACGUUCACUUUUUUCAUGAGAAGAUCCCUUCGCGGCAGUUGGCAGAAUGUACAAGUCUGCAACCUCUGGACGAAGCCAUAGCAGAUAGUCCGAGCGAAGGCGAGAUAUUAAGGACUCGAGCUGUUACAAAAAUAUUCAAGGAGGAUUUUGUGGGAGCGGCACAAGAUCUUACUUCUGCUUUACAAGUCUGUAGAUAUUAUCAGAACCAGCACAAGGCAGGUCGACAGCAAAUUCAGCUAGCAAGUGAAGCUGCAGCUGAAGCUCAGCGAAAACAAAGUGGUAGAUGGAGAGACGAAUUUAAGUUAGACGAAGAGGACCACCCAAGUAGUCUUGAGACCCAACUCCUGUUCCACCGUGCCGGUGUUUACUUGACUAUCGCUUGUCAACAUGUUGAUGCUGCUCUAUCACAUACGCACUCCCAUGGAGACUUAAUUUCAUGGGAAGAUAUAGACAAGACCAUGAAAAGUCCUUGGCCUUCCAAUGAAGAUUCAAGUAAUGGAGAAAAAACUAAUGGAAAGACAAACGGGACCCAUGAUGCCGCAAAUGAAGCACCCGAGAUAACCUCAGCCGAAAAAGAAGCACAUCGAAAACGUAUGGAGUCACGGAAAAUUGUGAAGACAAAUGCGAAGAGGGCAUUAAAAGAUUAUGUAGCAUACUUGUCGCAUCUGGAUUACACCCCUGGCCUUCCAGCCGAGAUCACUGAGGAAUUUGUGCGCAAAGUAAAUUUAGCUGCGAAUGGUUACAAAAUCCCUCGACAACCUCAAAUCAAGCACAACAAGAAAGGGCUGGAUUUGGAAAGUAACGCAUCAUUAAGUAAUGGUCAACUUUCUGAUGCACUUGUACCUCAUACUGGCCACAAUGGAAGAAGUCGGCCUCAAUCUAGUACUUCUCGACCGCAUGAUUUACCGUCUCUACCUCCACCCAAGGUCUACCAAAUAUCGUCCUUAUUCUCUGCAACCCCGCCCGCUGAUCUUCCUCCUUACCCAGAAACAGCCACAGCCUUAACAACUAAGCAGCAACUUCGCGCGUCCCAUUCCGAGGCAGCUCAGCAUAUACUUGCUCAAGCCGAUUGCCACGAAGCUCUUACCUAUCACCCCCUCUUAACAGAUGCGCUCCAUUCUCUUUUACUUUGUCACUGCCUUGUACAGACCUCUGCCCGUGAACUUCAACGGCACGCACACAUGGUCGCGCGACUAGCCCGUGUUUGCGACGGCUAUCCUAUUUUUCAAGCAUCAAGAUCUCCAUCUCGUGCCGACUGGAUUGAAGUAAUACGCCGCAACGAUAACUGGAUCUCUCUUGCCGCCUCUUGGGAAACUCUUUGCGCACCUGCACCAUUACCGGGCCAAGCUUCAAGUAAUCAACAGAAAGAAACGGCUGCGGAAAAGAAAGAAAGAUUAAAACAGCAAGCCAUAAUGGAAGCACUUGAGGAUGAUCGUGUCCACGAUGAAGCAAGUUUUCAUGCGGCAGUAGCAGCUAGACAAAGGAGACAGGAAGAGGAAGCUAGAAAGGCUGAGGGAAGAGAACUGCCAAAGAGGUGGGCACAGGAGGAUGGAAAGGAGUAUCCUAUCAGUACUGAUAGGGCCCAGGCAAUCGUUAGAUGGAUCCGAGAAGCUCCCGUUGGGGGUGAUGGUACUGGGCUAAAGAAGAAGAAGAGAGGUGUUAGAGGAAAGGGGAAAAGCAGCUUGAAUGGAACAGUGGCUGGUAUACAGGAUAUAAAAGCCGAUGGCGAGACAGAAGGCAAUGAAGAAUUUGAGACGAUUGAGGAAGAGGUCGAUUAA